AUGAUUGGUUGUUGUGUCUGUUGUUCGGCAUUAUUGCCUAGAUACAAAAGAUUAGUCGAUAACAUAUUUCCAGUGGAUCCCGAUGAAGGUUUAGUAAAAGCCAAUAUGGACAAAUUGAUAUUUUAUUCUCUAUCAUCUCCAGAAAAAUUGGACAGAAUCGGAGACUAUCUGUACCAAAAAGCUAGCAGGGACAUAAAUCGCAGAAGGUAUGGUUUUGUUAUUAUUGCCAUGGAUGCUAUGGAUCGUCUCCUAAAAGCUUCACAUGCCAAAACAUUAAAUGUAUUUGGCCACAGUUUUUUAAAAAUGAUUCAAAGACUCUUAGAAUCCUCAGAACCCCAGCUACAAAUCCUAGCUACUCACUCGUUUGUUCAUUUUGCUAACAUUGAAGAAGACACUCCUUCUUAUCAUCGAAGUUACGACUUCUUUGUAUCCAAAUUUUCUUCGAUGUGUCACAGCAGUCAUAAAGAUACCGAUACAAGAAACCAGUUGCGUUUGGCUGGUGUUCAAGGUUUGCAGGGUGUUGUAAGGAAAACUGUCUCGGAUGAUCUUGUUGAAAACAUUUGGAACAAACAGCACAUGGAUAAAAUUGUACCAUCAUUACUAUUCAAUUUACAAAAUUGUCAAACAUGCGAGACUGAUGUAUGUAUAGACUCUAGAAACCAGGAAGUGUUACCUCCGGUUUUAGCUGAAGAAUGUUUACGGGAAGUUGUUGGUCGUGCUUCAUUCGGACAUAUACAUUGUGUACUUAAACCUGUUUUGAGGCAUCUCGAUAGUCAUCAAUUGUGGGUACCAAAUACUUUUGCUAUACGAACUUUCAGGACUAUAAUGUCUGCUAUACAAGUACAAUAUUCAUACACAGUUGUUGAAGCAUUGAUGACCCAUUUAGAUGAAAAUUCUGAAUCUAAUCCUAAAAUUCGCACAAGUAUUGCUGAUGUUUUAUCUAAAAUUAUAGCUAUAGCCGCAGGCGAGAGUGUAGGACCUUCAGUGUUGGAGAUAAUUAAUUCUUUAAUGUCUAAUUUAAAAAAGAGUGUGUCAAGGAAUGUUGAACCGACAGUAGUAGAGAAUCAGUAUCAGGAGAGUCUUAUAAAUGCUCUUGGAGAAUUUGCUAAUCAUCUACCUGAUUAUCAGAAAAUUGAAAUUAUGAUGUUUAUUAUGAAUAAAGUUCCGUAUCCUUGCAGGGACUUGCAAAAGUCUGAUGUUCUUUUACAAAGUAUAUUGUUAAAAUCUUUGUUGAAGGUUGCUACAAAGUAUCGCAGUGUACAUCUUGAUAAAACAUUCCAAUUGUCGUUUUUGGAGCCUUUGUUGAAAAUGGCGUGUGCUCCAGAUGCUAAAAUGAGGGUUUUGGUACAAAAUAUUUUCCAUACUUUGUUAGACAGACAUAAAAAUGGUUUGAAAUUAUCUGAACCGAGUAUUGAUAUUACUACAAAGGAUUUGAACUUGGAGCAGUCUUCACGUUCUGAUAUAAUAUUUAUUAACAAACACGGUUCUGCAAUUUACAGUAGUUUAUAUAACUCGCUUCAGUUGGACGAUACUGAUAUAGAAAACGUGAAGGCUGUGUAUACAACACUUGCUUUAAUUUGUAUUGAACUGGCUUCAAACGAGACUAUAGUAGAUUAUUUACAACUCAUACUUAGCAUUCAGCAAAUGGCUAUAGCAAAUCCACAAUUAACUCCUGCUCAACGAUACCACAUAACAUCUUUGACAAUCGCUGUUUUCAACAUGGUACCACAAGUACUAUCAGUAUCACCCUUACGUGAAUACUCCGAAAAAAUCAUUGAAGCACGAAGAACAGAAGCACCUUACUUACUACCACCGCUUUUAAGCCACUACGAUAGUUCCCAAACAAGACCUUUAUCCAGCUUGCAGCAUCUCAUGAUCGAUCAAAACACUUUAAUCGAAGGCUUGAAAUUGGUUGGUGUCGAUGGAUCUUCAUUAAAACAACUAGCUCACUUUGCACAUUGCCCGAUAACUAUGAACAUGGGUCACAGACAUAGUUGGGUCGAGGCUGGCACUUCUUUAGGAAGUGCUACGGAUUUGAGCUCUUUAAACAACGAUGUGGAUAGCGCAGCAAGUUCACCAGGAUUAUCCAGGAAAAUUAACACCGAAGAAUAUUCUUUUGAUGUCAUGAAACGAGCAGUAAAUGAACAAACUGAGUCUGAACAAUUACUGCAAGAGGAACAAUAUAAACGACUUGCCAAAGCGUUUAGAAGAACAUUUGAUGAAUUGUUGACCCGAACAAAGCCACAGCAUGAACUCUUACGUAACAAACUGAACGACAUAUUCAGUUCAUUAAAAUUUUCCAAAAACUUACGUGGUGUUAAUGCUUUACCAUCAAACGAGACUUUAGCAAUGGAGCCUACGUAUGAAACACACUUUCCCGAAUUAUUUAUCCAUUAAUUGUUUAGUGAAUUUCCUAGUCAAAGGACCAAAUAUUAAUACACAAUAAGAUGUAUUUGAAUUUUUGUCAUGACUUAGAUGAAAAUGCUUAUUUUCAAAUCGUACUAUGAGAUUAGAUUCCAUGUUGUGUAAAUCUUAUUGAAAAAUGAGAAUAGUUUUUUAAGAAUAGUAUUUAUGAUAGACUCAAUAAA